AACAUCUUUUUAAUGGCUUCGAGGUUGGAUCUUGUAUUCUUGUCCUUCCUGCCAUUGUCUAAAAGCUAAGCCUCAUGUGGUAACCGAAACUUGUCCUAAGUUUUGAAUUUUGUGAACCCAUUCUUUAAUUCUCCUCGAGGUUGUUACUUGUCAGAUAACCAAAUGUUUUAUAGAAAGAUAAAUUUACAAGUUGAUACCCUCUUUUAGAACGUGGUUGGUGGCUGUCCGUGUAUUUGAAUAUCCGGUUGAAUGGAAAGCGAAUCUAGUAUUAACAAAAUCUACAACCCGUUCAGUCUACUAAUUAUAAAAGCGAGUAAAACUCGUUCUCGAUCAAAAACUCAUUCGAACCGGGGUUCAAGCUGCAUUGAUAAAAUACAAUAAAAAAAUGAUUUAAUAUAAUGCAGCCUGUGACAACUGAACAACUCGUCAGGCGGCUAAUGCUCUUGUUGCUUUAAAUACAAAAAAUUUAUGAUGCUUUCCCUUCUUCUCCGGCAGGAUUCCUAGUACGUAACACAUGCAUGCAAUAUUUGUCUUUUCUUAAAUCUCUGGUCUUUUGUCGUGAAUCUUAAUUUAUCCAAACUGCUCUUUUCUCUGCUCCACUUGGUGGAAUCUACUUCUGCAUUUACGAGGAAUAUACAACUAACUAUAUUAUAGAAUUUUGGAGGAGGAUGGUAUCACAAAAAUUUCUAGUUAAUUUCAAUCAUUAAAUUAAUAAUCCGGGAGGCAAUGAGAUUUAUAGCAAGUUGAUGAUCAGUGUAACAACUUAGCAAACUAGUAAGUUAUCGAUAAAAAAACAACUUACCAAACUAGUAGAAAGUUACAGAGUUCAAGUAUGGAAUGGUUGCCGGAGUUAUCCCUCCCUUUCCUCGUCGCAGUUACUGUCAUCCUCCUAGCAACCAGCUGGUUCAUCUCGAAGAAACCAUCCAAAACCCGAACGGCUUCGAACCGCCUACCGCCGGGCCCAUGGAAGCUCCCCAUCAUAGGCAACCUCCACCAGCUGAUCGUCGGCUCUCAGCCGGCCCACCGCCGGCUCCAAGAGCUGUCUCGACAGUACGGCCCCGUGAUGCAGCUCCAGCUCGGGGAGCUGCACCACGUGGUCGUCUCCUCGGCGGAGGCCGCCAGGGACGUCCUGAAAACGCACGACACCGCCCUGGCGUCCAGGCCCUACGUCCUGGCCGCCGACGUGAUUUUCAACGGCCGCAAGGCGAUAGCCUUCACCCCUAACGGGCCGUACUGGCGCCAGAUGCGAAAGAUCUGCAUGAUGGAGCUGCUCAGCGACAAGCGCGUCCUCUCUUAUCGUUCUGUAAGAGAGGACGAGCUGUCCGGUAACAUGGUUCGUCGGAUUCAUAAGAUGACCUCUACAACGACUCAUCCUCGCGUGAAUCUCGGCGAGAUUCUGUUCUGGGCGUCCAAUCGUGUGAUUGCCAGGUCAGCUUUCGGAACCAUUCAGGAAAACACUACUGAAUCUUUCAUGGCGAUGGUGAAUAGCAUCUCCGACGUGCUCGGGGGCAUGACGGUCUCCGAUUUGUACCCUUCCGUCAAAUUCCUCCCGACGUUGACCGGAUUCCGGUCAAAACUUAACCGCCUGCAUCGAGAAGCGGAUGUUUUGCUGGACGCGAAAAUCAAUGAACAUUUGGCAAGAAGAGCUGUUGCAGGCAAGGAUCAAGCAGCACCCGUUUACAUUGUCGAUGUUCUUCUGGAUCUCCAAGCAAAUUGCACCGAUUUAGAAUCCCCGUUGACCAAUGACAACAUCAAAGCAGUCGUCACUGAACUGAUCCUUGGUGGUAGUGCGAAUCCGUCGAAUACAACGGAGUGGACUAUGUCUGAACUGAUGAGAAAUCCAAGAGUGAUGCAAAAAGCACAAGAGGAAGUCCGACAAGCGUUCCACGGGAAAGGGAGAGUCGAGGAAGAAGGACUGGACAAGCUGAAGUACAUGAACGCGGUUAUCAACGAGUCCCUGAGGUUGCAUCCCGAUGGCCCUCUGCUUGCUCCAAGAGAGGGCCAACAGGAUGUGGUCGUCGGUGGAUACCUGGUCCCAGCCGGGACCAAAGUCAUGGUGAAUGCAUGGGCUAUUGGGAGAGAUUCGCGGUACUGGGAUGAUCCCGAGACGUUCUAUCCAGAGAGAUUCACGAUGAACUGUUCGAAGGACUACAAGGGGAGGGAUUUCCAGUUCAUUCCUUUUGGUUCGGGGAGGAGAAUGUGCGCCGGGAUUUCUUUCGGAUUGGCCACCGUUAAACUUGGAUUAGCUAAUUUGCUUUAUCAUUUCGACUGGAAACUCCCAACUGGGAUGAAGCCCGAAGAUCUAGAUAUGUCGGAACGGUUUGGACUUGCUGUACGGAGGAACUGCCAGUUAUGCUUGAUUCCCUUUCCAUACAAGACCGAGUCGUCCUAACUUUCUUUGUAAUCAGCUCCUAGUGUCCGUCUUGGUUUCUGAUUUACUUUGUUUGGUAGUGAAUUUUGAAUUUUCUUUUGUGACUAUAAAUUCCUGGUUUCAAAUGGAGUCACGUCAGGAAAUCUCCAGGAUUCCUACUGCAUUCACCAUAAAAUCGGUGUUGUUCGUUACAUGUUUACAAAUUAGGCCCAGAUCCGACUCAAAACUGGACCUAUUUGGGCCGGUUUCCCCUAGCCCACAUGGAGCCGCAGCUACCAGCGGCCGCGCCUUUUGUCAUCCGCCCAGCUGGAUGAUGAAUAGAGUUGGCUUGGGCUCAAAGACCUUUCGAUGGGAGGCUUUUAUUCCUGGGCCAGCUACUUGGAACAAAGCCCGCGCAUUUCGUAGAGUAAGCAGGCUCGCCUAUUUAAACCACCAGCAAGGUGGCCUACUGGCCUGCAAAACUAUCUCUUUCGGUGUUUCCCAUACUAGCUUAUAACCUGACCCGUAGGUCAGAAUGUUCAUAUUUGAUUAUUUAUAUUUUAAACACCGAUUUGGGAUUUAUUAUGGGUCAAUUUUUGGCAGAUUCCAAAAGGGUAUUAUUACAGAUUUCGAGUGAUUUUUCCGAAAUUUCAUUUUCUUUCGAUUCUAGAGGCCGCAGAUCAUGGAAUCAGACUGAUGCUAUUCUCCAGCAAUAAUGUAUCCUAUUGAUCCUAUUCUCCACGGAUGAUAAGUCCAUGAAGCACCGAUUUGGGUCAAUUUAUUUUCGGAUGACAUUUUGGUCAUUUUUUGGGUGACGAAAUGUCAUUUUCUUUGGAUUUGGAAGGCUAUAGACCACGGAUUCGCCCUGAGGCUAUUCUUCAACGAUGAUAAGUCCACUAAGCACCGAUUUGGGCAUAUUUAUUUCGGGUCAAUUUUUGGCAUAUUCUAAAGGGGUACCAUCACAGAUUUCGUACAAUUUUUCCGAAAUGCCAUUUUCUUUCGAUUUUGGAGGCUGCAGAUCACGGAAUCUGGCCGAGGCUAUUCUCCACCGAUAAUGAAGUCUAUUGAUCCUAUUCUUCACGGAUGAUAAGUUCAUUAAGCACAGAUUGGUAAUUUUUUGGGGGACGAAAGACCAUUUUCUUUGGAUUUUGAAGGGUACAGAUCACGAAUUCGGCCUGAGGCUAUUCUUCAACGAUGAUUAAGUCCAUUAAGCACCAAUUUGGGCGGAUUUAUUCCGGAUCAAUUUUUGGCAGAUUUCAAAGGGGUACCAUCAAAGAUUUUGUGCGAUUUUUCCGAAAUACCAGUUUCUUUCGAUUCUUGAGGCCGCAUUUCACGGAAUCAGGUCGAGGCUAUUCUCCAUCGAUAAUGAAGUCUAUUUAUCUUAUUAUCCACGGAUGAUAAGUCCAUGAAGCACCGAUUUGGGCCAAUUUAUUUUCGGAUGGCAUUUUGAUAAUUUUUUGGGCGACGAAAAGCCAUUUUCUUUUGAUUUUGAAGACAAUAGAUCACGGAUUCGGCAUGAGGAUAUUCUUCAACGAUGAUUAAGUCCACUAAGCACCGAUUUGGGCAUAUUUAUUCCGGGUCAAUUUUUGGCAUAUUCUAAAGGGGUAUCAUCACUGAUUUAGUGCAAUUUUUCCGAAAUGUAAUUUUCUUUCGAUUUUGGAGGCUACAGAUCAGGGAUCUGGCCGAGGCUAUUCUCCAUCGAUAAUGAAGUCUAUUGAUCUUA